CCUUUAAAUAAAAAUGAAUUAUUUGCAAAUAUCUGAUGGACAGUACACUAAAACUAUUUAUACGAUGAUAAAAGAAGCAAGGUACGAAGAUGCGAUAAAAACAUUGAACGACGCGAUGAACUACAAUACAAAUCGAGCUGGACUGUCGCUUCUCGGCUACUGCUACUAUAGGAUACAAUCCUUUGUAGAAGCUGCUAACUGUUAUGAGCAACUAUCGGCUAUGCAUCCAGACGUACCAGAAUACAAGUUCUACUUCGCUCAAGCACUAUACGAAGCAUCUAUGUAUGAUGAAGCUUACAAAGUAACUAUGCAAAUCACCGCUCCAGAACUCGAGAAGAACGUAAUCAAACUCCAAUCAGCUAUUAAGUAUGGCGAAGAAGAUUCUGUAACAGCCAGGAGCCUUGUGGAUUCUUAUCCUCAGGACGAUCCCGACAAAGAUAUCAAUCUUGGAUGUCUGCUCUAUAAAGAAAAUCAAUACGAAGAAGCAUUACGUAAAUUCACAAGAAGUCUCAACAUAUUGGGUUUUAACGCACAUUUAUACUAUAAUGUAGCUCUAUGCUAUUUUAAAUUAAAAGAAUAUCCCCAGGCCCUGAAACAUAUUACGCUAGUAAUAGAGAGAGGUGUACGUGACCAUCCCGAACUGGCUGUAGGCAUGCAAACAGAUACUUCUGAAGUUAAAUCCGUAGGUAAUACACUGACGCUUCACGAAACUGCACUCACUGAGGUUUUUAAUCUAAAAGCUGCUAUAGAAUACCAGUUGAAGAAUAUCGAAGCAGCAAGAGAAGCUUUGUCUGAUAUGCCCCCGAGACACGAGCACGAGUUAGAUGCAGUAACAUUGCAUAAUUUAGCUCUGACUUCGAUUGAUAUCAAACCUACUGAUGGAUUUGAAAAAUUACACUUCCUACUACAACAAGAUCCUUUCCCGGCUGAAACAUUUGCCAACUUAUUGUUACUGUACUGCAAGUUUGAGUAUUACGAUUUGGCGGCUGACGUUUUGGCUGAAAACGCUCAGUUCACUUACAAGUACCUUACACCAUAUCUGUACGAUUUCUUAGACGCCAUCAUUACGAGUCAAACAUCACCUGAAGAGGCGUUUCAGAAGUACGAAGAUAUCGCAUCGAAACACGCCGAGCAAUUGAGAAAACUUACAAAAGUAGUUCAAGAAAGUCGAUCCCAAGGUGACAAUGAACAAGUUAAAAAGGCAGUCGUUGAAUACGAGGAAGCGUUGGAACGAUAUAUACCGGUAGUAAUGGCACAAGCAAAAAUAUAUUGGGACAUGGAGAACUACGGGCAAGUUGAAAAGAUCUUUCGUAAAUCAGUUGAGUUUUGCAACGAAUCCGAUGUAUGGCGACUUAACGUGGCACAUGUGUUGUUCAUGCAAGAAAAUAAGUACAAAGAGGCCGCUAGCUUUUACGAACCUAUUGUCAAGAAGCAAUACGAUAACAUAUUGAAUGUGAGUGCGGUCGUGUUGGCCAAUUUAUGUGUGUCGUACAUAAUGACAUCACAAAACGAAGAAGCAGAAGAUAUAAUGCGAAAAAUCGAAAAGGAAGAGGAGCAGCAAAUAUUCGAAGAUCCUCAGAAAAAAUUCUAUCACUUGUGUAUCGUGAAUUUGGUCAUAGGCACUCUGUAUUGCGCUAAGGGGAAUUAUGAGUUCGGUAUAUCUAGAGUGAUAAAGUCACUUGAGCCUUUCAAUAAACGUCUCGGCACCGACACGUGGUUUUACACGAAACGUUGCUUUUUAUCGUUCCUAGAGAACUUAGCGAAGCACUUGAUAGUAGUUAAAGAUAAUACUAUCAAAGAUUGUAUGCAGUUUUUAGAAGGAUGUGAAACUUAUGGCCGCCGAGUUAGCACUGUCAUUGAGAGUCCUUUUCAAGAGGAAGACGCUAAUGUUAAAGCAAAACAAACGGUAACUUACGAGGCACGGCAGCUGCGCUACAUGUUCUUUAAGCUAAGGAAUAUUGAUGACUCUGUUACUAUUAAUAAAUACGAAGAUCUGAAAUAA